AUGGCUGAGGAAAAGAUCACACUGCCAGUCGGUGAUGUACCGCUGCCAACAACGUACGACGCGGCUGCCACUCAACAUGGCGAUCUGCCCGUCCGGACUGGACCUCCAGCAGCAGCAGCAGCAGCAGGGGGGAAACCGAUACUGCGGGGACCGUUUCCGCUGGAGAUACCCGUCCUGACGCAGUUGAGAGGGAAGAGACUGAUACUGGCGUCUGCGAGUCCGAGGCGGAAACAGAUAUUAUCAACGAUCGGCCUCACAAACCUCGAGAUCCUCCCCUCCACCAAGCCCGAGAACCUCUCCAAGGCCCUCCCCCCCUUCGACUACGUGCACCAGACCGCCGUGCAGAAGUGCCUCGACGUCUACGCGCACGCCAUCGCCAACACCCUCGCCUCGAUCCCGGACCCGGCCCUGGUCAUCGCCGCCGACACGGUCGUCGUCACCACCGCCGGGCGCAUCCUCGAGAAGCCGCGCAGCGAGAAGGAGCACCUGGCCGUGCUGAAGCUCCUCCGCGACCAGAAGGUGCACAAGGUGUACACGGCCGUCGCGGCCCUGGCGCCCCGGGACGACGCGCGCGACCCCGGGUAUAACCUCGAGACGACGGUGGAGGAGACGAAGGUCUUCUUCGCCACGGACGUGAGUGAUGAGUUGAUUGAGGCGUACGUGCGGACGAGGGAGGGCGUCGAUAAGGCGGGCGGGUAUGGCAUCCAGGGCAUGGGGAGUUUGCUGGUGGAGAGGAUUGAGGGGGCCUGGGAUAAUGUUGUGGGCUUACCUCUGAGGGCUACGCUGGCCUUGAUUGAGAAAGCGGUGAUGGAUCAGAUGGAGGAAGGGAGUAGUGAUGGCGAGGAGGAUUGA